UCAAGCGCUGGCCGCACGGAGGCGCUUCAGUCGCUUCGGCAAGAUGGCCACGCUGGAUCAAUGAAACGCGAGUAAUCGUAGUAAAAACAGAAAUUGACAAGUGCGCGGUCGAAUAUCGAGGGCCGAUCACGGUGUAAAUGGAACAUGGGGAAGGACCAGGAGCUGCUCGAGGCAGCGAGGAGCGGAAACGUCACCGUGGUCGAGAAAAUACUCGGACAAAGAGCGAAGAGGAGUGGUCCACUGGCAAGUUUACGACGAGGUCCGGGUGCUAACGUGCAAGAUGCCAGUGGAUAUACAGCCCUUCAUCAUGCAGCUCUCAAUGGUCAUCGUGAAGUAGUCAAGUUAUUGCUCCAAUAUGAGGCUUCUACCAACGUCGUAGACGCUAAAGGAUCUUCGCCACUUCAUUUGGCAGCUUGGGCAGGCGAUGCUGAAAUUGUGCGGUUAAUUCUUAGCCAAGGACCUUCGGUUCCUAAAGUCAAUCUAGCGACAAAGGACAACGAGACGGCCUUGCAUUGUGCUGCACAAUAUGGACACACGGAAAUAGUGGCGCAGCUGUUGCAGUACGGAUGCGACCCGAGUAUCCGCAACAGCCGCGGAGAAUCUGCUCUCGACCUCGCCGCGCAAUAUGGCAGAUUGGAAACAGUGGAGCUACUCGUGCGAACCCAUCCAGAGUUGAUUGAAUCUCUACGUAGUUCUUCCUCGUCUUUGAUCUUCCCACACACUCCGUUGCAUUUAGCAUCACGUAAUGGACAUAGAGCCGUCGUGGAAGUUCUACUCGCUGCGGGAGUGGACGUCAACACAAGAACGUCCGCUGGUACAGCGAUGCACGAGGCGGCACUUUGCGGUAAGAUGGAGGUUGUCCGAGCACUUUUGGACAGAGGCGUGGAUCUGGGAAUCAGGGACUCUCGUCAAAACACCGUUCUGGACCUUUUGGGACAAUUUCCGCCACACGUCACCCAAGAUAUUACGGCUGUAAUAAAGAGGCACAGGUCCUCUUCCGGAAUAGAAAGCGAUGCCGACAGUGAGAACUUGCCACCGAUUCCAGUUCAGCGUGGUGACUCGUUGGGCAGCCCUUACGAGAACGUACGCCCUGGGGAUGAUCUUUCUCCGGCGGAAGGGACGUCGCCCACUCAAUGGCAGUUCUAUCAUAAGCCUCGGGACGAUGAUCGUCGUGUCUCCGGAACUUCCGUUAUGUCUUUCGAAGACGGGCAGAAUAGGGGACCAGUGAAUGGAGUACGGAGGACUAUCCCGCAGACAGAGGAUUACUCCGACCUCAGCUCAGUCUUCGACAGCGUUCUCAUGUCCAUGUCUGACACUCUCAACUCCAUAAAUACUCUCGAAAGUUCUGACCAAACACCGGAAGACAAAGCACAAAACACUAUCACCUCUAGAACACCGUUACAACCACGCGACACGACAGGGGGUUCGGAUAGCGGAUUGUAUCAAACGCCACCUGUACCAAGAGGAACCAUGGAGGGUAGCUUCGUGUCGGAGGAUCUGUCCUUGACAUUGCCCACGGGAUAUGGUGGUAACAGGGAGUCCGAUCAAUUGAGCGUCUCCUCAUCAUCUAGCGUUGGUGGACCGAGCCCACGGGAACGACGUUGUUUAGCCAACGAUUCCGGUGCUCCUGGGAUUUACUUACCGAUGGCACCCUUGUCCAGUUCACUUCAUAGCCCUGCCUCUAACAGCAAAGUUUCGCCGACACCGCCGAAGAAACCACCGAGGCGUAACUUAUCGGUUUCGCCGACGCACCUGCAGACUCAAAUGUCACUUUCGGCGGAUUGUACGUUGGGUCCGAGUAACUACGAGUACUUGUUCUUAGCGCGUAGCGGUGCGCGUAGUCACAUCGAUCUUGAACAGCUGCAAAAACGUCGUGAGCAGUUACGACACGUGACGAGAAGCGUGGACCAGUACGUGGAAAUGAAGUCUCGUUUUGUGCCGUCCGUGGAAAGUGGCAAUCGACGAGAUGCAAUGCCAAUAACGACGAUGACGACAACAACAACAACAACAACAACAACAGUAACAGCAAAUACUACUGUAGAACCAAUUGCGAUAACAUCGAUUUACGAGAAUCGCCCAAUAAAGAUGUUAAAUCCACGAAGGAAACUUCGUAGACACGCUUACGAAGGCUAUGAGCUUGAUAACAACGGCCCUUGCGUCGAUAAGUCGCCCUGUAGCGAGAACGAUUCUAUACAUCAGGAACAAACUUUCGUCUCUAAUGCCUUCCUCACUUUGAAGUCUUCCCAAGAAAGUCUGCUGGAUGAAAAACGAGAAACUCCUGACGGUGGUCAUACAAUGAUGGUUCAGGAUGGCAGAGAGGCCACAGAUAAGAGACUCAGACGCGUGCAAAUGAUGUUCCCUACGAGUCCAACUCAUUACGUUCAACCACCGACUCCCGAUCAUCCACCACCCUCUGCCAUGCAAGCUGAGAAGUCGAUUCACGAACGUAUUCGUCCGUUGAGCCAGGUUUAUAAAAGAAGAUCUCGCGACAUGGAAACGGAAACUGAUGAGGAUUUGCUACAGUUUCCUGCAAGCGGUUCUCUCGAUGCAUCCAGCGGAUCUUUAUCGAGCGUUUCUCUUUCGGACAAGAGCAUGUCUACCGACAACGUCGAGGAAUACUUCGGAGACGUGCCCUUCGCAGGUUUGUUAAAGGGCUCCGUCACAGCGGAGCGACCGCGUACAUUGCGCCGUUUGCGAAACGUUUACGGACAGACUGCAUGCGGAAUGGGAACCGGCGGGGAGGGUGGUGGUGGUGGAGAACGUCUUGAAGACGACGAAGUGAAUUUCCGAUUAUCGGAUAGGGAUCGUGAGAGAGAUGAAAAAUCACUUAGCAUAAUGAGUCCGUUCGAUGAGCAAGAAGAAUGGGCAAAAAUUUCUGAGAUCAUGGCGUCCUUUGGUACAGGACUCGUACGAGAAUCAGUUUUCGUCACUGAACUCGAGAAAGAAUUCCAAACGAGAUUAGGCUUAAGUUCCGAUACUAGUAGCAGUCCUAUCGUUUCCACAUCGGUCGGUCAAUGGUUAGCGAGUUUAGGACUCGCUGAUUAUGAAUCUCUUUUCAUAAACUAUGGUUUCGAUGAUCUUGAGUUUAUAAACGGAGUUCUGGACGAGUCUGACUUAAGAGACAUGGGAAUCAAUAGUGAUCAAGAACGUGCGAUAAUUAUGGACGCUGCCGGCUUGUUGAAUAAACGCGUGGAAAAGCGUCUUGGUAGUCAUUGUCAGAGCGUGGACGAAUGGUUGAAAAGUAUUCACAUGGAGAAUUAUAUGGAGACCUUCAGAAAACAUCUCUACACCGACAUGGAUCGCGUGAGUCGCAUCUGGGAAGUCGAGUUGGCUGCAGUGUUAGAGAUUCAGAAGCCUGCACAUCGAAAGCGAAUCCUGGCUUCGGUCAGUGGACCGAAUCCUCGAGCUCAGACACGGAAUGGUACUGGCCCUAACCUCGAGGAUCUCAAUAAGGAUUUGAACACCUUGAAAACGAAUAUACAACAGCUGAAGGAGGAAAUACGAGAGAAAUUGCCGGAAACAACAGGGGAGAGUAACGGGAGUGUCUCGGUAACCGUAACAAAUUCGACGAAUACUGGUACACUGAGGCAUCGCAAAAACAGACCAGCUCCACAGCCACCCCAACGACCCAGUUCGCACAACGGUGCGAUCACUGCUCCUGAACAGCUCGAGAUCAGAGCACCUUCGGAAUUAUUAUUUGGCGUACCGUCUACCUUAAAGACGCAAUGGAGGCAUCAACCCAAGGCUCUAGUCACUGGCUGCGUCACCUACGUUGCCAACUACCUGGGCUCCACUGUCGUGAAAGAAUUAAGAGGUACCGAAUCGACCAAGAAAUCUAUUCAAAAACUCAAGAAGACUUGUCGUGAUACCAGAGUCACGCCUGAUAUAACUCUUGCCAUCUCUUAUCGGGGCGUACGAUUUUUGAAUACAUUGACCAACGAGCCAAUCUGCGAACAUGAGAUACGCAACAUUCACUGUGCUUGUCAGGAUGCCGACGAUCUCACACAUUUUGCCUACAUCACCAAGGAUCAUGCGAGUCGCACACAUUUCUGUCACGUAUUUUGCGUGCCAACUAUGGACCAAGCAACCGAAGUCAUCCUAACGUUGGGCCAAGCAUUCGAGGUAGCUUAUCAGAUGGCAUUGAGGGACAAGUUGGGGGGACAUGCUGUGCGUUCCCAAUCGGCCAAUCAGUUAGUUUCGCUCUCGAGCUCGACUAAAUCCAGUGGAAUAAUGGCAAAGACAUCCUCUCCCGAGUCAACUAUUGAACACAUCCGAGAGAGCGAUCAUGAGGUCACUGCAACCAUUCCAAGUAAUCACAAUUCUACGUCGAAUCUCAAAGCGAAGCCACGAUCCAAGUCCAUUCCUAAUCCCAACGGUCAUUCCGUGAGCACCUCGCAAGAAACCAACUCCAGUUCCAGUUCCGGCUCGAAUACAACGGCCAAUUGUACGAACUCCGCUUCGAGUCCCAGCUCAAACUCGGUUGCUAGCUCGAAUUCGAACACCAGUACCAAUCAGACUACCGCGAAGCCUCUGUUAACUCAUGGCCGUUCUCACUCCGUAAACGACAUCAAGGUGAACGGCAAUCAACUUAAGUUGGCUCCUCCGGUACCGGUAGACGACAUAGGCGUCGGUGUAAAAGAUUUAAAGCCUGGCUCUCGUGCACCGAUAGCUCUAUCCGAGGAACUCUAAACAAUAUUUUUCUUCCGAUUCAUUAUCGGAUUUUUAUUCGGUAUACGUGUUUUUAGAUUCGAUAAUCGUUCGUCAUUUCGAUCGGUCUCGGACUUUCAUUAUUUUGGGCCUACUAUCAAUUCAUCGAUCUUUCAUUCGUUCAAUAAUCGUUCAACAAGCAUCCUCUCGCGUUGUUUAGCGAUUUUUUUGAUUUAUUGUCUUCCUUAUUGCGAUCAUAGCAAUGUCGAAUAAUUGCGAUCAAAAGUUAAUUCAUUAUAGCUUUGCAUUUCGUUCGAACCUAGUCACAGUAAGAAGACAAUCGGAAGGACAUGGAUGUUUCUUCAGAGAUAGGAACGAACCAUCGAUUGAACUUCGAUACGAAGAUACUAUUGGUGAUAAUACCGUUUCAUCAACCUGUUUAAUUUCUAAUUUCUGUACAUUAACAUAGGUAUGUACAUUCUGGAAGGAUAUCAUCAUGUACUUUUCAACUAUCUUCAAAGUUAUGUACAUACAUGGAGCCUCGAAAAUACGCGAAGGUAAGUAGCGAAUAUUAUUCCUUCAAUGGCGAGAUAUUCUCUGAUUUUUAAUGACGCACACGUAGACCAAUCGAGAUUAAGUUGAAGCGAAAAUAUCCGAAGAGUUUCUAACAAAUUUUAAGGAUUUUACAGAUCGUUAUCACGUAAUCCGACGAUAACGAUCAUAUAAAUAUAUUUCAUUCUUUAAUGAGAUCACGGAAUCAUAUGAUAAUGAUAGAAGAUACGAAUCUUUUCACGUGUACUUAUAUAAUUUUUUACGAUAGUAUUUCAUUCGGAAUAAAAGAAUUUACAUUCGCGAACUGCUAUCGUUGAAAUUUGUAAUAUCUAAAAGCGUGUGCGUUAAUGGUGAUGAUUUAUUGUGUUAACGAUAAUUCGUAAUUAAUUAUUCGCGUAUUUUGAGCGUAUGUUAUGUAUACUAACACGAGUUAUAACAUACCUAUACGUCAUAUUAUCUCAACGAAAGAUCAUUUUAAGUUCGAGUCGAUGUAUCUAUCACAUUCCCGUUGAAAAAAUGGAAGGGGAAAAAAACGAGAGAUUUAGUGUAUCAUGACCCUAGUCCCAUAACAAAAACACAUACAAAGGCACCGCUUUAUCAACCCUUCCAGUAAUUAUUAGCAAUGACUGAGAUUCUGAGGCUGAAAAAACCGAUAUUUUUCCUUUAAUCGGAAAAGAUCGACGCGAAAGCUGCGUGACAUUCGAUCGACCACAUUUUUCCUAAUGAUUUUUCGAUGAUUUUUCGAAUUUCUCCAAUUUCCAGUUCAAAGUGGCCACUGUUUUUUCGACGUUUCAUUAUUCAAGACUGAGAGUCCUUAUCUCGUUUGAUACUUCGCGUUAAGCAUAAUAUUAUUAUAAUGAUUACACACAUAUAUAUAUAUAUACGUAUAGAUAACAGUAGUUGUAUUUAUUGUGUAUUAACUAAUCCGAUUAAAACCUCGCGAUUAGAAGACGAUGCUUUAGCAAGAGAGCGCAAAAAAAAAGCAUAGAAAUAUAUCAAUCUAUAUAUAUACAUACAUACAUAUAUAUGUAUGUGUGCGUGUGUGUAGAUGUGGAUAUGGUUACGUGUAUGUACAUAUAUACCUGUAUAUACGCAUGUAUACGUAACUAUAUUUUUAUUGAAUUAUAUAUAUAAUACUCGUUAGGAUGAUUGACGAACGAGCGUAGAAAAAAGAUGAUACGAUCGCAACAAAAAUUUUUUUUCGAAAGCAGCUAUAGAUCAAGAAUUCUUGUAAAAGAAAAAUGGUCUUGAAAAGAUCUAGAAAAGAAAAACGAUAAAAUCGAUGCAAAGAAAUAACGUAUUACAUAGGUCGUAGGACAUUGAUGUCAGGUCGUUUUGUCAGGAUAUAUAUAUAUAUAUAUAUUCUUUUUUUUCCGCAAACGAGCCUAAAAAGAAUUUGAUAGAUAUUCGUGAAACUGUAGUGAUACUCGAGUGUGAUUAUGAUUUGUUCUAGUGGAAGAACGAUGAAAAAUGUAGAGAAGGGAUAGGAUCAAGAAACGAUAGAGUUAUGACUAUAGACAAGGGUUCGAAAAGGAGGAACUCUUUACAAAUUCUUUACGAAGUUAAUUUUUAUUUAAAUGUAUCACAUUUAAUUUGAAAAUUACGUGACAGUAUAAUGUAAAUUCGUUAGUUGAAAAAUAUCAUUCGUUUUGUUAUAUUUCAACAAAUUUUUUAAUUAGAAUAUUAUUUCCAAUAUUACGAAGAAGAUUUUCGAAUGGAUCUUCUCUUUUUCGAUUUGUAAAGAGUUGACACUUAAACGCGUUUAGAGUUAUAAAAAAAAAAAAGAUGAAAAGGAAACUAAACGUCGAACAACGAACCUAUGGUAGCUUUUCACGUUUCUUUUCCAUUCUUUUGUAAAAACCAAAGAAGCACAUAUUCACACGUGCGUUUCUAAUCCGACGAUGGAAAACGAUUUUGUUCGAAAAUAUCCGAAAGAAGAGCCUUUCAAAAAGGAUAGGUUUUUUUUUGUUUUUUGGUUUUGUUUUUAUAUCGGCUCGAACCUCGGUGAGAAUUACGCUCAAACGUUUUUCAUCUUCGCAGUAGGUACACACAUAUUCGCACGCACACACGACACGAAUACAUAAACAAAAAUACGCGUACACACACAGAGACAUACAAAUAUAUACACAUACGUGUAUUAAUAUGAAGAUAUACAAAUAUAUCAUAUCGCAAGCGAAGAGGACGGAAAACGUGUUUUGGUAGAAGAGGAGUACCGAAUCUGCGUCGAAGUCAUUGAUGUUAAUUCCCCUUCUCCCUCUACCACCAUCACUAUUACCCCAUCAAAAAGAAAAAUGGAAAAAAAUGGAAAAAAAAUAAAAGAUAGAAAAUAAACAAAAAGGAAGAAGGAUAAGGAAAAAUAAAGAGCGAGGGAAAUUUUAAACUGCCAAAAAUGAUACACCAGAAGCAUCUCAUGGCUGUACGCACAUACUUUGUAUUUAUCGUGUUUACAAAUGUAGGUAAUUAUUCCGUAAUAAUUAGUACGUAAUAGGAAUUAAAACGUAAGAUUUACUCAUGCCGGUUAAAAGUAAUAGGAAAUGUGAGAAAGAAAGGUGGCAUAAAAAAAGAAAAAAAGAAAAAAAAAGAAAAAAGAAAGAGAAAGAAGAGAAGGAAAUUUUGAAGUCGAGAUGAUCGCGCGGUGGCUUCUUUCCUUUUUUGCAAAAUAGAGGAUGUAUUAUGUAAUAUACAUUAUUAAAUAUUCUCUCUCAAAACGCUGAUGUAUCCGCGUAGCAGCUAUUUGUAGAAUUCGUAGUGCUAUUGUAGAAAAAACGAAGAUGACAAUGAUAAUAAUAAUGAUGAUGAUAAUGAUGAUGAUGAUGAUGAUGAUGAUGAUGAUGAUGAUGAUGAUGAUGAUGAUGAUGAUGAUAAUGAUGAUGAUGAUGAUGAUGAUGACAAUGAUGAUGAUGAUAAUGAUGACGACGAUGAUGAUAAUGAUAAUGAUGAUAAUGAUAAUGAUGAUGAUGAUGGUGAUGAUAACGAUGAUGAUGAAGAUGAUGAAGAUGAUGAAGCAUGCUCCUUCGGUGUGUCGAUAAUUAUACAUAAAAGAUUUUACGAAAGAUUCAUAGAUGAAUUAGAAAAAAGAAUAAUAUCGUAGUUUUCUGACCGUUCCUAAAGACUCGUUCGUAUUACAUGAAAAUCUUUAUAUGAUCAUCAUUACAUGAAAAUCGGUCAGAUUUUCUUUCUUUCCCUUUAUUACAUAUAUGACAUUCGCUAAUGCGAGAAGUGCCAACUUUACACCACUGUGUUUCGACCAUGCCAGGAAAAACAUUACAUUAUACGGGAGAUUAUAUUGUUAACAAUUAUUACGGAAUAAUCGGAUAUCUUAUCAAAGUUGCUAACAUUGACUGCCAUUAUGUAUUUCAUUUAAUGUUCUUCGAAAGAUAAUUAAAUUUAUGGCCUAGUUAAUCGACAGCUUGUGAAAGAAGAGUAAUUUACACAAUAAUUAAAUGUAUUAAAUCAGUAUUAUUGUGUGAUUCAAUGACCAAUGGAAAUCUUACAUUUACUUUAUUACAAAUUUUCCAUAAUUUCGCCGCUGAAUUCCGUAAUAUUUGUAUGCUCUUUAGGCACAUUUUUUUGUAAUAAUAUUUAUCGUAUGUUAUAUAGGUUUCUAUCUACCAUUGAUAGUACUAUGAAAUUUUUAAUACAAUAUUUUUUAGAUGGACAAUUGUCCGAAUAGAUAUAUCAAAUAUUUCAUGAGGAAACAGAUAAACAAAUGUCGAGAUUUUUACUCGUAAAUUAGACUCUCGUUAUGAAUCAUCUUGAUCUUAUUACGGCGAUCACAGUGGAUUCCUGGGACACAUAAUGAAUUAUCAGUCGCACAAAGUGAAAUUUUUCUCGGACCAAACGAAAGCCCAAAGGGGUAACUCGUUCGUCACGGAUUUACCUCGAAACAAUUUUAUAAAGCGGUGUUACGUGGCCGCUGUGAUUUUUCAUAAAGACAUUUAACAUUUGACUUUCUCUCUCUCUAUAUAUACACACAUAUAUAUAUAUAUCUAUACAUCUAUAUUUCUCUUUAUCUCUUUAUCUCUAGUUGGCUGAUCGCUAUCAACAAAAUAAAAUUGCUAAGAUUCUUCUAGAAUAUAUCGUAUCUUCGCAUAAUAAUGAAUUUUAAGCAAUUUUCCAUGCUGCGCCACCGUGACUCAAUCUCCCGUAACGAUGAUAAUGUGAAUAAUAAUAGUAAUAUAUAAAGAAAUAAUAUAAAUAUGUAAUAUGAACGUGGACGAGCGUAUAUACGUGCGCGCGCGAUAGAGAUCGUGUAAUUGUCUAUAACAAAAUUAUAACAAAAUUUAUCUCUCCUUAAAGAUGUGAGCUUUAAUAUAAUUUUUAUCGUAAGCUUAUAACGACAUUGAUUAUCGCUAUGUGUCGAUAAUGUGACCGUUUGUAAAUCUGUCAUGCUUCUACUAAGACGACUAUUUCAAUUUUUAGAAAAUGUAAUUUAACUUAGCAGAAACGAAAUAGAUUUUGCUCAUUACGAAGAGCUUGUCGACAUAAUUUAUCGCCUACUACAUAAGGUGUCAUUAAACGUAACGUUUACAUAAAAUAUCAUCAAUUUAUAAGAGAGUUCCGUGUCUCGCAUCUCUCUUGUGCUCUUCCAACUUAAUGACUAAGUCUCGUGAUUCAAGUUGAAUGACAUCCGAGGAGAAGUUAUGAAUUACAUCUCGUUAGGAGAUAAAUUAAUAGCACGCCGGUCUGUUUGCAAAAUGUAUCACAAAAACUACGUGAAUCUUCGCGAAAGCCGAUUGAAAUCCAAGCGAACUAUAUUUCCAUUUUAAUUAAGACCGUUCUAACAUUACCCUUUCAUUACUAUACAAAAUCUUAUCAACUAUUCGAGAUAAAUGUUGAAAUAGUAAAUGACAGGUAUAGUUUUGAUUUUAGAAGUUAAAAACAUUCUAUCUCAGUAAAUCGUGCUUACAUUUUCCAUCUAUUUUUGUUAUUCGUUUCAAAAAAAAAAGAAAAAAAAAGAAAAAAGAAAUAACUUUUAUAUUCUUUUACGCUUAGUUUUCUCCUUUUAAAAAAAGUUUUAGGUAGUCAAACUGAUCUUCUAAUAUCUUAAACAAGAAUUACUUGAAAGAAAAGUUUGAAAAAUAUCCGUCUUCGAAGAGUUCGAUAUAUGUUUUAUUUUCCAAUAAAAUUUCGGCGAUAUGUUAAAAUGGAGAAGCAGGCAGAUUCUUUCGCGUCGACUCGCACAUAUCGAUCCUCAAACUUGCGGGAACUGAUUCCGAUGGCAAAGCACAAGUGCAAUAUCUUGUGAACGCAUUACUAGUACGACUCAAUGCUCUUUCAAAGGGUUUUCUAACAAACACCUCGAGGCAAUGUUUAAAAUGAACUUUAAAUGUUACGAUAAAUGAAAUGGUACGUAUCAUUUUCGAUUGCUUGUACAUCGCCUCGAGAUGUUACGUUAAUCAUUUGGGAUGAGAUCGUUAAUAGAGUGACUCGUUUGAUUGUUAAUAACAUUAUUAAUCGCCAUGGCAGCUUCAGAGUGUGAUCAACGGUUCGAAUCGAUUUUCGAAAAAUAGAAUCGAGAAAAAGAAAAUAAAUCUCGACUAUCGUAUGAAUAUCGAAAGAGCCAUUAAUUCAGUCCCGAUCUUAAUCGAAUAUCUGCAUAUAUAUGUCGCGAUGUAGCACGUAUUUUCUUUUAUUUUUUUUUCAGCUUUCGCAAUUCUACGAGAAAUUUUCUAUAUGAAUUUCAAAAACGUAGGGAAAAUAUUCAUCACCGAACGAUAUACUUGUUAUAAAUAAAUAUAGAUACGCUAUAAACUCCAAAAUAUCAUUGUAUGUGCAAUAAGAAGACAACUGUGUGCAUGUGUGUAAGAUAUGAUUUUGAUUUUGAAAGAGAAAAAAGAUGUUCGACAAGAGAUGAUCGAUCCUCCGAACGUAAGAAAACGAAUAAAUUCACACGUCGUUCGGACGUUCGAUCAUCUUCGCCGGGAUAUAGAGAUAAGGUAAAAGGAAACAAAAAAGAAAUAAAUAAAACAAGAUUAAGGAGUACAAGUGCAUGUAGAAUAAUGGUGUAUCGGUGUUCUUUUCGAAGCGAAAUAUUGUUGUGCUAUGAUGUUCGUAGCACUACGUUAGCGGCUUCAAGUGAUUUAGAAUUUUUGUAUUAUUCUUACAAUGAUUAUUAUUAUUAUUAUUAUUAUUAUUAUUAUGACUACUACCAUUAUUAUUAUUAUUAUUAUAUUAUUAUAUUAUUAUUAAUAUUAUUAGCAUUAGAAAAAAUAAUAUCGUUCCAUGAGCGUGAAAGAAACGUCGUGGGAACUGAUGCUCGUCAGAGACGCGUACUUUCUUGUCCAAGCGAGAUAAUGUUCCGAUAGUGAUAUUUAGCGAGUAACGUGCGGAUAUAUUAGUAAUAUAUCAUAACUUUAAUCUAUAGCAGUAUUUAAAUCGUCGCGUAACGAUUGUAAUUUAUCCUUAUUAACAGGACAAAAUAUCGCCCUCGAUUUUGACGAUAUCUGGUGGUUACAGUUUCCAUUUGUCUUAUGCCGUCCGAAUUAUCAUUAUUCUCGCUACUGCGACCAUUGAAAAUACAGAAAAAAAAACGGGUUGCAUAUCCGAGAGUAUAAUAAAAUUGUACAGAUUAGUGAUAUUUUUCUCUUUUAAGAGUCACGUAAGAAUUUGUAAAUACUUUCACGUACAUACGAUAAAUAUAAAAAAACUAGCCACUUCUUUAUUUAAUGAGCAGUAGCUAGCAAGAAUAUAAUUCGGACUGGUAUAAUAUCUAAAUCUUAAUCUAAUUAUUCUCUAUUAAGUAUUACGUCUUUCUUUUUCUUUUUCUUUCUCUCUCUCUCAAAUAUUUCAACGACCGCUAACGUCGUGCAAAAGAUUCGCAAUCAUUUAAAGCGAUUUUUUCUCUUUUUCUCUUACUGUCAAACUUUUUCAACUUCUCUUUGUCUUUCUCUAUCUUGUCAUAAAUCUAACAGUUCGUCGAUCUUGUAAAGAAAAUGUAGUUCGAAAUUAUUCGUAAAUUGGUAAAAUGAACUCUUUCCAUCGCAGGAAACAUUUUGAUUUAGAUUAAUGAUCGUCGAUGUAGAUAUGUAUCACUCAUGUAUAAUACAUUAGUAGUUUUUAAAUUAAACGUUAAAUAUUCUAAUCGAAAUAGCAAGACUAUUUCCAAGAUAAAUAUUGGUUUAUCGUAUUUUCAUCAUUUGUCAAUAUCAUAAUAUUUCGAAUUUUUUUAAUGGACGUAUCUUAAUAAAAUAGACGACGUAUUUUUCUUCUAGCUAAUAUUACACAUCUUAUAUUUUUCUUGAAAGAUUAAAUUCGUAAAACGAGGAAAUAAAGGAAGAAGGGAUAAAAGAGAAAAGCGUCAAGGCCGAGGUAAUGAGAAUGGAUGUAAAGAAAAGAUUAUGUAUUCUUGAUAUACCACUCACACGAAACUCAUGUGUGUGUGUUGUAUAAUAAUAAAAGAGGAAUGGAGAGAAAGAGCGUUGUAAUAUAAAGUAGAAAAAAGAAAGAAAGAAAGAGGGAGAGAGAGAGAGAGAGAGAGAAAUUUAUAUCUUGAUAAACGCGCGACUUUGUGCAAAGAAAAGGUCGCGAAGGAACGAGAGAAAAUGGGACGAUUGUUCGAUCGUAAGUUCGUAUCUUCUUUGGAAGUGGUAUUUUCAGCAUCAUUGUUUCUAUGAGUUUCUAGAUUGGAUCGUUGGUCUAGAUGUAUUAUAUGAUUUCUUUUUCUUUUCUUUCUUUUUCUUAUUUUUAAUCACGCUCGUCGUUCUUUUUUUCUUUUUUUUCUUUUCUUGUCCAGUUCUGCGUCCAGAACAGCGAUAUAUGUAUGUAUGUAUACAGAAUGACGAAAGAGCCUAGCAUUCAAUUCGUAUAGAACGCGUUAGUAUGUACUUGUAGGAAUAAAAGAAUAGAUUGGAAGUAUUUUAUUCGUUCAUAGAUUCUUUAUGAGAAAUCAUUGUCUUUCAAAAAGCGUAUAAUAGUUAUUCGUGUUAAGGCGAAGGUUCUUCGACUUCCUGUAAACUUACGAUUUAAUAUUAUACUUUCUUUUUAUGUGAGAUGUUAUUCGCGAUUUACCAUCGAACGACUUCGGGAAUGUACGUAUAAUUUAAUUACGAAUUAGACGAAGAGGCGAAAGGAUGGAAAAUGAGAAUUGGAUAAACGCUUAGAAUGAGAAAUAUUUUUCUCGGGGAAUCGAUACCUAUAUAUAUAUAUAUUUAUAUAUAUUGUCAUUUCACAAAUUUUACUAUCUUUUUCUUUUUUCUUGUUUCUUUUUUAUAUUUCAUCUUAAAAAGUACAUAUACGAACAAUCUCGAGACUCGACACAGAUAUUUUUGGCAAUAAUGCAAACAGUAUACAAUAUAGCAAUAAGUAAAAUUAUCAAGUUGACAAUUUAAGUAGUCACAGUUAAUAUUUAAAAUACCAUACACAGUAGCAAUAUAUUGUUUUUCGAUAUUGAAUCGCGCAAUCAUGUUUUUUCGAUAUUACAUACCUAUUAAUACCACAACGAGAUAAUAAAUCUUGUAAUUUUCACACGAUUUGUAGUACAACACAAUUGGUGCAGCGACCACGAAGAUAUUUAUCCCAUUAAAUCAUUAUUUUUCGAAGGAAGUUCAGAGGCAAAAUGAGUCAAUUGCAUUGUGUUCGUAAUUAUUUACGUGCGUACGUAAAAUUGACUCGUUUUGUUCGUUUAAAAAGUUGCUUAUAUCCUCAUAGGUUCGUAUUUAAAUCAUUAAUGAAUUUUAUAAUUUCGAUGUAUAAUUUUAAAAAAUUGAAAAGGGAAAAGAUUUGUAGGUGGACAAUGACAAAAAAUAAAAAAAAAAGAAGCAUAGGAUCGUGCGAUUUGUAAAAAUGACGAGACAAUUUUGUGAGGCUCGUCGUCUGAUCAUCGAAAUUUUCAUAAAAUAUUAAAGAAACAACAGAGAGAACUCAAAAGAAUUUUCGGGUCGAAUGAAAUUGGUUUCUCGAUAGAUUUCGAGUGGAAAGUUCGAUGGCUUCGACGAUGUAGCGUUUUUUCCCAAAUGGAAAAUAUUGGAUAUUUACGUUGAAGUUCAAAAGGAAGGAAAGGCGUGCGAGUGGUCAGGACUUUUUGAAAUCAAACGAAGGUAAAGAAAAGAAUAUAAAAAGAAGAAGGAGAAGAGAUGCAUUAUUCGUAUUAAAAGCUGUUGCCGAAGAUGCCAUAAUAAUAUGAUAAAUGCGCUAUUUUAUACCAAGCAGCUUGAUUAGACGCAAACUUCCUACGUUCUUGUAUACAUUAUAUUUAUUAUUGUUCAUGUUUAUUAGAAUGAUAUAUAUAUGAAAAAGAGAUUAUUCCCUGGAUAUCUAUAACGCCUUGAGGAAAAUAAAAUGAAUACUUUAUGGGAAAUAGAUGGUCGAAUCAUUGAACACAUUUCUCCAAGUUUUAAUAUUUUCUUUUAAUGAAAAAUUUUUUUUUAUCUAAAGUGAAAAUUACGUAUUAUAAGCUAAAUGUAAUAAAAGGGUGAGUAAAAUUAUUAUUUAUUUACUUAACGUAGAAACGAUUUUUACAUAACGUUCUUCUUUUUAUUCUCUACUUUUCAUAAUUUAUAACAAUGAAAAUCGAGAAAGUUUAUUUGAAAGACAAUAUAUAUUCAUAAAAUAUUCAGAUGCCCUCGUGCAUUUAUGCAAAAUACGAUAUAAAAGAUAGACAUCGAGUAGAAAAUGAAUAAGAUAUAACGCUGUUUUAAGUUAUGCUCGAUGUUAUCUGUUUAUUUAUUUUCCACUAGUCAAAAAGGAGAUUGUCCAUUGUCUUUUAAAGACAAAUCAAAACAAGUUUUCCUACCUUAGAAAAUAGCAUUGUUAACCGAUGCGAUUCGAUGGCUUGCACUUUGUACUUUCUCGGAAAGUCUUCCUUCCGCUUCCGGCCGACGGGAACGUGGAACGCCGCAAGGUAAGCAGGCGGCCUAUGGUAAAGAUGUUAAUUAACCAAGUUUCAGUCUUAACAAAGUUUUUCGAUUAGCCAGUAAAUUGUUAUACGAUGCGGGUGCGGCUUGCCGCUUCGUCAUUAUUUCUCUCUCUCUCUCUUUUUCUCUUUCUCUCUUUCUCUCUUUCUCUCUCUCUCUCUCUCUUUCUCUUUCCCUUUCUCUUUCUUCUUCUCAUUCUUCCUCUCCUUUGCUUUCCCAAACAAAUCCAAAAUUGUAGUAACCAAACGCAGCGAAAUAAUAGAAAGUCGAGCGCGGAAAAGUUUAGUCGUUAAGAACACCGUCCUUGCUUGAGAAAUUCUAUAGAACGCCGAUCGUUCUCGUCUAAGAGUUUGGAUAAUCAUUUUGUAAAUGUAAAAUGUUUUUUACAUUACAAAAGGAAUAUGAUAGUUUGCUCGUUAGAAGAAAAAAAAGAAAAAGAGUAAGAGCACAAGGUAUACAUUUUAAUAAUCUUUUCGAAACUUUUUCACAUACAUCAUUGAAUAAUAAAAAAAUGAGUAGGGACAAUUAACCGAAUAUAAAUUUAUAUUCAAUUAAUUACGAAUAUUAUCGAAUAUUUGUUGUAUAUAUAUAUAUAUAUAUAUAUAUAUAUAUAUAUAUAUGUAUAUGUAUAUGUAUAUGUAUAUAUUAGAUAGUAAAUUAAAUAACGCUGAUCGCUUUUAAUUGUCUUUAAAUAUCUCCAAAUAUUUUACGCGUUCUCGUCUGACAUUAUCCAGAACUUCGAAAUACGAGACACGUGCGUUUUAUCGACGAUUGCGAAAAACGAUUGCAAUCAGCAUUCUACAUUAAACUGUUCAGAAUAAUCCGAUUUAAUUAACAUUAUCAACGAAUUCCGUACGAAUGAUCGCUCGAUUCUAUGCUCUAACGAUCCGGUCAAAGUCACGUCGGACAUUUAAAUCCGAAUACGCAAUUGAUUAUAUCGUUUUAAACACGAAACCUAGCUAGUAAUUACUAAACAAAAUAAAAAGAAGUACGAACCAAUUACGAUUCACUUUUUCAUUAAUUUCCUCCUAUCUCUUUUGAUUUAUGCGAAUGAAAUUAUAAAUCGUUAAUAAAAUUAUUAAAUUUAUCGUCAUUAUCAUCUAAAAAAUCAUCUAUAUAUCCAUUUCAUUCUCUCGAAGAAACGUUUGGAAACCUUAAGAAAUAUAACCCCAAAUCCUUCGUGAAACAUUCGAGUGGUGUCAACGAUAUCUCUUCGCACGAUCGAAGCGGAAAGAUCGCGCCUUCGUUCAGCUCGCUUAUCGAGAGUAAUUCGAGCGUAUAUCGGACGACGAGGAGAGAAAAGAAAUCUGGAAAAGGAGAGAAAUAAAGCGAGAGGGAGAGAAAGAGAAAGAGAAAAAGAGAGAGAGAUAGAGUGAGUGAGAGGAAAAGGAGAGGAAGAGGUGGAAGAGGAGAGAAAAUAAAAAGAUAAACGAGGGAACGAAUGGUGGAAAGAGGGACGAGGCAAGGGGAAUAGAGUCCCAAGCCGAUAGUAGAAAUACGGGCGGUCGUUCGAGUGAAGUAUCUCGAUGAAUAUGAAAGUGACAGGCGCGUAAUCCUAGGGGGGCAAAUUUAUCUGACCUCUCCGUGGAUAUCGAGGCCGGCGUUUGACCUGGGUCCACGGAAACGACUCUCUCCCUUCUCUUCUUUUCUUUCUCUCUCUCUCUCUCUUUCUCAUUUGGUGUUCGUCCUUCUCUCUUUUUCUCUUUCUCUCUUUCGAAGGGACAGAUAACGUAUCGCGACUCGCACAAAAUCGUACGCGGAACCCAUUCGUUUCGUUGCACGCUCGCGUAUAUUACGCCUUAUCCUUCUUCCUGCACCCCAGCCCACCUCGAGAUUGAUAUACAAUCCAUUCGUAAAUGAUCUUUACCCUCCAACAUGGGAAACGGGAGCGUUAAUUAAUUUUCGGACAUUUAUAUCUCACGGGAUUGCCUCAUUUCCUCGAAUCUAAUAGUUCUUCGUAACUUUACGAAAUCGUGGUAAUUCUUGACGAUCGCUCGACGAAUCCGUUUUACGCACGAUUUAAUCUUGUUAGUUCAAGAUUUUAAUUAAACUGUAUCAAGAACCAUAUAUUAAAAUAUAAAAUUUUAUAUAUUUAUAUAUGUUGCGAAAGAAAAGAAGAAUGAGACGACUUCGUUGAGGAAUGGACGUCGUUUGUAUGUCGAAAGAUCGUAUAUCGAGAAAAUUCUUACGAAGAAAGAUAUAAUAGAUGAGAGAGAAAAACUCGUACUAUAUAUGAUUGGUGCCUUGUGUUUCAAUGUUGCCGUCGGCCGAUGGCGUACUUUGACCGAGAAAAAUUGUACGUUGAUAUGAUCGAUGAGACGGGUUUCGAUUCGACGACAUUUUGGAGGACAAAUUGGAUCUUUCCAAGAGGACGGAGGCAGAAACAAGAAGAAGUAGAUUUGUAUAUAUACUAUAUAUAUAUAUAUAUAUAUAUAUAUAUAUAUAUCAGGGGGGGAUCGAUGUGGAGGAGGAAUGAAGUGGGUAAGGAAGCGUGAUUUGUCGAAGGAAUACGCCUGUCGACAUAGAACCGUGCUUUCGUCCGCUGAAAUCGGCGAUUUUCUCUUGCCAGGCACGUCGUUGCCUCCGGAUCCAAGGAUUUUCUCGAUUCUGAUCCGUCUUUUCGUGUCUCUUUUCUUCGUUACCUUCUUGCAAAGGAGAACCGUCCGCGCCAUUGUUUGCUCGCAUAUCUUCUCCACGCACUUUCUUUUUUAUCUCUGAGUAUAUGCGCGAGAGAAAACGUGUCACGCACACACCACCUACUCGUUUAUUUCUUUUCUUACGCACGAUAGCGAGGGGUGCUCCUUCUUGCUAUGGCUUCACUCUAGAUUUCGAAAAAAAAUAAGCUUAUCAAAAACGACGAUAAGGAUGCGGGUUAAACAUCUGUCAUCGACUAAGGAUGAAUUUAUAUCUACGUAUGCGAAUGUUUCUUAUCACUUAUAUUCUGAUAAAAGAAGAGACUCUUAUUUAAAUUAAAAUUGUAAAGAAACACAAUGAUUCGUAUCUUUUCAAAUUAUUCGUAUUAUUAAUCGGUAAAUUUGAAACUCGAACCUUUAAUAAUGUUCACUGCAUUUCAUUCUACGACGAAACUCUCAUUUUGAUAGAAUUAUUCCGCGUAUGCUAGAGUAAAACUUUCAUGCUUUGCUGUUUAACAGUUAAGUAAUACCGACUAGAAGGAAAUUUUUGGCAAAUGGUUGCUUCGCUAACUUUUGAAAUAUUUGUUAAAACGGAGUAAGACUUAUAUAAUGUAUUUAAUUGUAAAUUGUUAACAUCAUUAAAUUUCUCAUGGUUAUUUAAAUUUGAAUUAGAUUAAUUAAAAACGCGACAUACAAUUUUUGAUUUUUACUUCUUUUUCUUUUUUUUCUUUCUAUUCACGAUAGCAAACAUUAUUUCAACGAACUAAGGAUAUUAGGAGGUACUUCUAACGCAAACAAUAUCAUUUUCCAAUCUCACCCUGUCAGCGAAACAAACCCUUGGAAUAACUUUGCAAACAUUCUCUCUAAACGUUGCCACGAGCCGUUUGUUUAAGACGAUUCUGUUUUUUCUCCUGCUCCAACCUAUUAAAAAUCUAUGAAGCGAACUAUUAAAUGUCUCUUUUUAGAAUAGAAAAAAAAUAGAAAAAAAAUAUCUUCUUUCUAUCCUUUAUCCCGUUUCUUCGUCGAAGCGUGACGAAUAUCGGCACACGAUGUCGAGAAAAACUCUAUGCAUUGCCUGGGGUUCAGCUUUUGGAAAUCGUACGUGGUACCAUCAAAAGUGAAACUACUCGUCUCCGUUUUUUUUUGUCAUAUUGUCAUUUGGCCACGCGGCUCAAAGACACGCUGAAAUUGUGUAUUUUCACCCUCUUUCUUUUUUUCUCGUCAGUUAAAGCAAUCAAAUGCACAUGGAAAGAGAGAGAGAGAGAGAGAGAGAGAGAGAGUGUGGAAAAAGGUGGAAACAACCCUCGAGGAUUGGCCACUGAAGACACCCACGGACGGGCACGCCCGUGUAGUGAAACGUCAGUCAGGCUUAGGACAGGAUCUAGAUGUUAUCUAAGACACAGCUCGUUGCACGGGGCGACGCGUCUCGCUCGUAGCUUUCCACGUGCAUACACCACAUCGUUUCUAUACACAUGUACGUGUGUGAAACGUAUCUGUCUCCUUGUUAUGUGUGCGCGUAUAAGCACACUUUGUAUCUAUAGCAGACUAAUUAUUCCGAGCACCCUCCAUGUGACGAAUCGCACGUUUGAAGCCGUGUGAUGUGUUGCGUAUCAAGGAAUGCGUUCAAUUAUCGAUACUUAGAUUUUCAAUGCGAUUACAAUUCUGAUAUUCAGAUUUGCAAAUGUUUUUCAAAAAUCUAUUUUUAUAUACAGUUGCGUAUAAUAAACUUUUUUAUAUGAAACUCGAAAGAAUUCCAAAAGUACUUUAAUUUUUACUUUUUUUGUUUUUUAAUGGUAUAUUUUCAUCUUUAUAAAUGUUCAUGAUUAUGGAGAUAAAGAUUAAUAAAUUUAUUUUCUGAACUUUAAACAUCAAGUUAAGAGCAAGAGAGUAAGGAUGAAUUCGUUAUCAUCGACAAAUUGACAAUUGGAAAUUUGAGGAUAGUGUUUGACAAUCUACAAAAUUAUACUCUCUAUCUACGGUACAGUCGCGUGCAAUGAUUGAAAUCCUGAUGUUCGAAAUGAGCAGCCGUAGUGCGUAUUGAUGCUCGAGGACAUUCCCGUUGCUGUUGGUUAGGUCCGUGAAUUUCAACUUUGUUCACGCUAUCGACGUGGUAUUCGCGGUUUAAUGAUGGUGAUAUUUGGAACCAUACUGAUUUUAUCAACAAACGUCAAGGAAUAAUGAAUGUUUUCUUCGAUCAAAACAUCACGAUUCUCUGUCUCUUUGAUUGCCAACUAUCUUCUGCUAAAGUAAAAUUCAUUAUGAUGUAAAAUCUGUUAUGCAAGAUCUCGAAUUGUUUCAGACUUGGCCUGUCAUUGAUGAUGGAAACACGAUCAAAGUUUUGAAGGAGUAAAAUUAAUUGCGAUCAAGAUCGUAAAUUGUUACUGGUUUAGAAUGUCGUUGAUCAUGGAAACACACUGAAAGUUUUCAUAAAUCGAGGAAGAUAUAUAGAAAGGAAAAGAAGAAAAGAGAGAGAGAGAGAGAGAGAGAGAGAGAUAACAGGGACUAGCUAUGUACAUAUUCUCCAUAUUGCUAAUGUCUCUCCCUUCCGCACGGAUAUUCCUCCAUUCCCUCUUCCAUCGCCCUCUUUGGCGUACUACCCUCUUCGAUCCCUCAGUCUGCUUGCAAGCAUCUACUCACAUACACACAUAUACGUACACAGAUAGAUACAUGUACAGAAUGAGAGAGAUAGAUGAACGCAUACGAAUACGAAGGCGCAUAUUCACGCAGACACGGCAGAGCGAGGCUGCGACUGACGCCGGGCAUCGAGAGAGCUCCCGGGUAUCUAUCGGAUAAUUAGCCGGUGAUUACGUGGCAGUCAUUCGGGCGGAUAUCAGCACCCUCGGCCCUAGGCCCUCGGCCUCACCCUCGCCCUUGGGCAAGAGGGCGUAGACCGUAGUAGAGCCUUCGACCUGUACUUCCUCUCUCUCUCUCUCUUCUCCCAUGUACGUACGGACACGCAAGCACGCGCACACGCGCACACAUGCGCGAACACACACACACACAUUUUCUCCGAUCCUCCGUUUCCUCUUCGCUCAGCUUGAACGGCCGACGUUCACAAGCCAGUUCAGUCUCUCUCAGAGGGAGAGAGAGAGAGAGAGAGAGAGAGAGAGAGAGAGAGAGAGAGAGAGAGAGAGAGAGAGAGAGGCAAACCCGUACUUCCUGCAUCUCGUUACUGACGCCCAAUGCACUGCUGGCUCGCAUUAUAGCCCGUGGAUAGCGCAGUUUCAGGUGCACCUCUAGAUACUCGAGUGUGUUUGUACGUUCGCGCAUGUGGAUGCACUUGCAGGUAGUGUGUCGACGCGGAGAUGGUCGACGUACAUAUAUAGUUAUAUGUGGAUCGAGGCGAGUGAGAAAGAGAAAGAGAGAGAUAGAGAGAGAAGAGAGAGGAAGAAGAGGGUCUACCAAGAGGGUGGAUAAAGCCUCGGGCUGUCACCAAUGAGCCUACCAUCCGGCGUCGUCAAACAAUCUCAUUAUCAUUCGAUUCACACAUGGUAAUAGAGAAAGGAGAGAUUUGAUGUUGGCGAACGUUGCAAUGGUACAAUUAAGUAUCAAUCCUUAUAAUUUUUAAUUUUACAAUUAACUACAAUCUUUAUAAUUUUCAAUUAAACUCGAUAUAUUUCAUUCAACUUCAGAAAAUUAUUAAUAUUGAAAUUGGGAUUUAAUCAUGCGAAGGAUGCAUAAAGGCUUUAUUAGAAUUAAAAAAAAAUUCUUACGGUCUACUCGUUCAUAUCUGAUUUCGAAACAUUGAAAGUCAGCAAGCGAUUAAAAAGAUUCUGAUCAAACAGAAAAACGUAGCACGAAAGAGAAUACGUUUGAAACGACAAAGAACUCAGGGGUACCAAAUUCCCUCUGCGUUUCACCCUCUCGCGCUUCGAGGAGUCAAGAGAAAAAAAAGAAAGAAACAGGAGUAAAAGUACACCGCGAGUGAGAUCAAGAGAGAAAAAGAGGAAAAAAAACAGAAAGAAAGAGAGAGAGAGAGAGAAAAAAUAGCACGGCGCAAUUAAAUAAUUUAAGCGUAUAGACCGGCGCGCACGCGACUGGAACUUCAAAAGUGCCACCGCAUGUGGGCACGGAUACGAUCGGGGAAGUUAAUUGAAGCUUCUCUUUUUUCUGCCGACCCCCUUUCUACCUCCUUCUCUUCUAUUUCUCUCUCUCUCUCUCUCUCUCUCUCUCACUCUUUUUCUUGCUUCCGCGCUCAUUCUCUCGCGGUCUUUCGCAUUACGUAAGUCGAGUUCGUUGAAGUGUUCCCAUUGGAGGCGCACGCGUACGCCUCUUCAUGUACCCGCUUCGCGGAUCGCAAAGCCAAAGCGAUUGAGUCAUUCAUCGGGAAUAAAAACAUACAACAAACUUUUGGUGACAGAGAAAGGGUCGGAGGGAGGUGCGGGAACGUAGUUGUAUACCAAGAGAAAGAAAGAGAAAGAGCGAAGAAAUAUUGAGAGGAACUCGUGUGACGUCACGAGCAGAAGGCAUUCAGAUUGAAGAGCGCUCGAUGACUCUUGAAAUUUGUAUUACCAUUAAUAACGACGCGGGGGUGCGUGCGCGCGAGCUUACUUUAUCCCUUUCUCUCUUUCUCUCCCUCUUUCUUUCUUUCUUUAUUUCUCUCUUUCUUCCUCGCUUUAGUUGUAACGCAUACGGAAGGAAAACGAAAAAUCCGAACGAUCGAGUGCGUUCGCGUGACUCGCACGAGUCACAGAGAUUCUCAAUAUUUUCAGUAUUGAAUGAAUGAAUAGGAAGAGUAUCGUGAUAUAAAUUUUACGAUUUAAAAGUAUAUUAUUCGAUCGGAAGAAUCUCGUUGUUUGAGUUCAUUCGGAAAU